UAAGCCACUCUCUCUAUCGUUCUCCUUGAUCAAUAUGCUUUUUUCCCCUCUUCUAUACUCACGUUUUGAUCCAUAUUAUUGUCAUAUAAUUCCGUACAUUGUAGCAGUAUCACAGCGGAGUCUGCUGCUAGCUGGUUAGCGUUAGCAUUUAGCCACUCGGUUUGUAAACAAUGCGACAACGGAGGGUUCCGCGUGACACACGGAAACAAACAAUCCGGAGCACAAACUGAAAGAAGUGGGUUUGCUGGUUUGCUGCAGUUUCAUUGAGCAGGCCCCUGUCUCUUAUGGAGUCACUCAACACGUUUGAAUCUGAGAUGGAGGCUGACGGUCAGGGGAGCUACUCUCUGUUUCCUGCUCUGGACAGCAUUGCGAGUCUUUCUGGGACGGCUGAAGCUUUGGAGAGCGAACCACCUAAUGAAAUUGCAGAGAAGCCAAACCUCACAUGGCUCGAUGCUGCACAGAUUGUGUUGGAAGAAGCUGGACGUCCCAUGCACAUAAAGGAGAUUAAACAGAGAAUCAUCGACAGGGGACUCGUUCAAUCCAAUGCAAAGUCGAGCCUGGAGGCUGUCAUGUACCGUGAGACACAAAAAGGCAGCAGGAGAUUCAAGAGGAUUGAGAACAGAAACGGAGUCUUUGCACUGCUGACUGAUGAGGAGCGGCAGCAGGUCCUUCAGGCCUUCACUGCCCAGUCUUUCCUCGGCUCUCCGCAGCAGAAUACAAUUUCCAGUUCUGGCUCAGGUGCCUCGGCCCCCGCCUUCCCCUCCCCCACCAGUUCCUCAGAGCAUAAGACCAAGAUGAAGAGAGGUCAACGGAAAAACCAGAACGAAAAGUACCGCCUGAAGUACCUUAGACUGCGCAAGGCUGCCCGAGCCAUGAUAUUUGAGAAUGCCGCUCUCUGUGAUGAAGUUGCCCACUUAGAAGAGAAGUUUCUGAGGGCAAAGGAGGAGCGGAGGUUUUUACUGAAGUCACUGUUGCAGUACCAGUCUUUGUCAGAUGGGGAGAUUCUGCCAACACCUAGCUCAAGCUCUCAUCCGCCUGUGCCGCCUGUGGCAUUGGCUUCAGGUCCUGCAGGGGCUUCAGGCCUGUCUGGGGGGCAUAACUUGGGGUCAAUGGUGUCAAUAGGGGAGGACGGACCUCUUAAAAAACCAAAGAAGGAAAGGAAAGAGCGAGGCAGGGAAAAUGGAAAGGAGGAAUUUCCAAAGAAGAUGUCCAAGAAGAGAAAACUCGCAGAUGGGUCUCGGAAGUUGGUGCAACCCAUCCCUCUGGACUCAUCUGGUCGUCCUGUAUUUCCCAUCGUACUGGGAGGUUUAACAGUCUACAGCCUGGGAGAGAUCAUCACAGACAGGAUGUUGUUCCAUGAUGAGUGUGCCAUCUACCCAGUGGGCUUCUGCAGCACACGGGUCUUUGCCAGCAUGAAAAGCCCUGACCAGCAGUGCCUCUACACCUGCCAAAUCAAGGAUGGGGGAACAGGUCCACAGUUUGAGAUCGUGCCUGAAGAAGAUCCUCAGAACGCCAUCGUGGCCUCCUCUGCCCUGACAUGCCACUCCAAUCUGCUGAAAGCCAUUGCAUCUGUCAGUACCAAGUCUGUGGCGCCCAUCGUGCCAUCAGGAGCUGACUUCUUUGGCUUCUCACACCCUACCAUCCAGAAUCUCAUCCAGAGUUGUCCCGGAGCACGCAAAUGUAGCAACUACAGGUGGAUACGUUUUGAGGUGUGCCGCCCUGGUGAUGGCCAGGUUCCUCACAGCCUAUCAGAGGACGAUGCCUCUGUCAACUUUGAGGCCUACCAGAGACACCGGGGCUUUGAUGAGAACAUCAAGACGGAGCACAUGACAGGACAGACACCGCAGUCUCCCAGCUCCUCUCAUCAGCACCUCCUGACCAGCUCCACCAUAAAGCCCUCUACCUCAUAUUUCAGCUCCUGAUUCUAAAAGCACCGCUGAAUUCAAGGUCACACAGUAUCCUUGUGAACUUUUACUCUUAUUUACAAGGCCUACAAUGUUUGGGUUUUUUUUCUCCCAUUUUCCUUCCUGGUUCAAUAAUUCAGGAAACUAAUAUACUGAAUGUGGUUGGUGAGUUAGCUUUAUGCUUAACGUGCCAAUAGCACCAUAAACCCAACAACUCUAUACUGACAUGCUUCACUAUGUGUAUAUAAAUAUCUGUGCUGGAUUUCAGAAAUUGUAUCCAAGUUGUAACUAUGUCUAAAAUUUAAUUAGUAUAACAUACUUUCAUAAUUGCUAAGAAAAACUUAAAAAAUGGUUAUUAUGCUUUCAGGUUUUGGUACAUGGCACACUACAGCAAUGGUAUUUAACUGUUAGUAUGCUACUCAAAGUUGCUGUAAGAAGACAUUACAGUUUUUGUUUGAUUAAUCAGUAAUUUCAUCGCAUUUCCAUCUGUUUUACUUUGAAGUAAAAGCCUUGGCUUUUAAUGUAACACAUCCACACAAACUUAGUUGUGGAUUUGUCUUUUAUUUGUGCAAAUUUUUUUCAAUUCAAAAAGACACAUUUGUGUUGUAAACUUCAAAAUCCAGUUUUGUUCAAAUAAAAAUACACAUUUGUCA